GUGGUUUUCAGGGUGUGGAGAGUGUCCUGUCCUCUACGACACGAGAAACCACAACCUGCAGAAAACAAGAAAUCACACACAGACUUCCUACAGGAUAGCCACACACAAGGUAGAGUGUGUGUGUGUGUGUGUGUGUGUGUGUGUGUGUGUGUGUGUGUGUGUGUGUGUGUGUGUGUGUGUGUGUGUGUGUGUGUGUGUGUGUGUGUGAGUGUGUGUGUGUUAGAGAGAUAGGUUAUUUUAGGUCACACAAGUGCAUACUCUCCAUAAAUAAUUAUGUCAUAUAAAACCCAACGAUCAAUCUGUCAUAUUGAACAACCCGACCAUGGGCAAGUCUAGACAUGGAACGAGAGAGCCUACUCCCACAAUAUCCGUUUAAUGGUCCAUAGCAAGAAUACACAAUAAAAUAAUUGUAUUGUCCAAUUCCAAAGAUCAUAUGAUUUAUUUAGAAUAGAUGCCAAUAGCCUAUUACUAUUUAAAAUAAAAUUUUAUUGAAAGAGAAUGUGUGUGGGGGGUCCCGUCACAGGUCACAUAGGGCGAGUGUUUGGUCCACACACUCUGGACUACGUGGUGAACCUGUGCUGGCAUCGCUAUGACUACCUGGUCCGGCUCCCUGAUUGGCUGCUCCUGAACAUCCUGUCUUUCCUGGAGUGGACAGAGAUUAAGAACAUCUCCCAGACCUGCAAGAGGCUCCAACAGGUAGGCUAACCAUGAUGACAUCAUUGUAAGGAUUUAUAAUAAUGAUUGGGGUUAUUAUGCUGGUAGAGCUUUUCUCAGACUGAAAAAUGCUCAACAUUUAUGAUCUCUCCUCCUCCCUCUGUUGCCCCUAUCAUUUAUCCCUCUCUCCCCCUUUUUCUCCCCCCUCCCAUCCUCCUCUUUACCCCUAGCUAUGCUGCAGUGAGGUGUUUUGGGAACGGGGGACAGCAGGGGCCAGGUACGGGCAGAGUGAGGUCACCAUGGAGGGUGUGAGCCGUUCUCUACAGCGCCGCCUGGUGGUAUUUCACAGAAGACAGGUGCUCUCCCGUCUGGCCCAGCAGCAGCACAGCAAGAGGAAGAACAGUAUCUGGCACCUGUGA